AUGCCAACAACCACCGUCACUGUCACUCUCAAGGUUAAAGGUGAAAUGGAAAACAAAAGAAAUCUAACAAAGCCUGAUCCUUCUGAACUUAAAUACAAAUCUUUCAAAGUCUAUGCAAGAAAUAUUUUCAAAUCUUCUCUCAUAACAAGUUUCCCAGAAAUUGCUUCAAGCAAGAGUUUGACCAAGACUUUGGUGAAAAUAACUGUUUUUGCUCUGUGCCUAAUCGGUUUUAUCUACCAAACAUGGGAUUUUUUGGCUUUGUAUUUAUCUUAUCCUACAGUGGUGAAUGUUUUGGUAAAUAAUCCAUUUGAAAUUGUCCAACCAGCCAUCACACUCUGCAAUAGAAAUAGACAGCGAAGACGUGUUAUUUGUGAGAAGAAAGAGAGUAAGUGCAGUUUUGAGGAGAAUGCAAAGGAGUUUUGUGAAAAAUACCCAAGAUAUUGUCCGGGUAGAAAGUCCCCGUUUACUGGUGUUUACAAUGGUACUUUGAUCCAAGACAAAUUUUCAUGGGCUGAGGCACUGAAGGAAGCACAUAAUGACACAAUAGUUGAAAUGUGCUUCAAAGUUGUUGAAGGGAAGAGAGUUCCUUGUGAGCGAACUCUUCGAAGAGUUCCUGUGGUGACAUCAUCCGGCGAACCGAACAUGUGUUACACGAUUGAAUCACAAUGGGAAGAACCAGAUGCUAAACCAGAAAUUUACCCCAAUACAUUCAACUUUGAUGUGUAUUUAUUCACACAACCAGAAGAAUACAUGAUCUAUACCGAGCCGAUACUCAUACAAGGAGCAGUGCACGAUCGAAGGCGUCUCAUCAGCCCGUACGCCAAAGGGUAUUCAUUUCAAGGUGGAGUGGAAUACGAAGCUUACGUUUCAAUGACAGAGAAGCAAAUGCUACCAGCACCCUAUGAUACUAAUUGCACCGAUUAUGUAAAGCUAUGGAAGGAGAAUGGAGGAACAGGCCCUUUAAAUGAACUGAUGUGUAUUGAAUACUGCAAACUGAACACGCUAAUUGCGGAAGGAAAGUGCAUCGAUAAAAAUGUGGCUUAUCCUCACAUGGAACCACUGUGCGAAAGAGAUGUUGUUACUGUGACUAGUGAUAUGAUUAAGAGCUGUACGGAUAGCUGUGCGAGUCCAUGCGUAGAUCAGCAGUAUGAAAUAAAAUAUGAAGAAGUGAAUAACUAUGCACACGUGUGCAAUGAUGAGUGGUGUCGAUUUGCAAGAAUAAAACUGUCUAUAUAUUUCAAGAGAUUUCGUGUGACAAGGUUUAUUUAUCAACCAAAAUUUGAGAGUGUUGAGAUGUUUAGUUACAUUGGAGGCUACAUGGGCAUGUGGCUUGGUCUUUCAUUGGUUUCCUUCUUCGACCUCUUUGAAACAAUCACUUACCUGCUUUACUAUCCUGCUGGUCGUAGUUUCUGGAAGUCACGAAAACAAAAGAAGAAAGCCAUGCUUGCUGGGUUCAACAAAGGUGUAUUUUAUUCAUCUCGAAUUUAUUGAUUUGAACUAUGCCAAAAUUUGAAAACAAAAUGUUAUGAAGAAAUUAUUUCAAGAGGAAGAGGAUGCUGAAGUGUUGCACUUCGUUACGUAAAAUUUAUAUCUACCUAUAGAUUUACUUGUAGUUUAAUGUCCUGCAUGAGCGAAUGUUAAAAAUAAAAUAAAGCUUUUUAU